AUGAAAUUCUCAACUAUUGCUCCAAUUGCCUUCUCAUCAUUAGCUUACGCUGCUUACACUCAAGAAACUUCAACUGCCGUUGUUGAACAUGAUGCCACUACUUUGAAAACUAUUACUUCAUGUUCUCAUGAAGCUUGUACCGCUUACACUUCAGUUGCUGUUGCCACUACUACUGCUACUGAAAGUGAAAGUGAUGAAAUUGUUUACGCUACCACCACUGUUAAACCAGCUUCAAGUGGUUCAUCCCUUGCUUCAACUUCAGGAAAAGCUCCAGUUUCAUCAGAUUCAACUUUCUCAACAACUGUUGCUUCAACUUCAUCUGCUCCAUCAUCAGCUUCAUCAGAUGAUAUCACCUAUGUUGAUGAAACCACAACUCCAACUGUCACUAAAUCAACCAUUGCUUCAACAGAUGUCACAACUACACCAACUUUAUACACAACUUUCAACAGCGGAAAUCUUUCAAACCGUACUAGUUCAGUUGCUGCUUUAAGUACGUAUGAAGGUAACGCUAACUUAAUCAGAGGUGGUUUAGUUGGUGGUGUUUUAGCUGCUGGUAUUGCCUUAUUAUUAUAA